AUGAAUUUUAAAUAUUUGGAGAAGGAUCAAAACCGCGCAUAUAUCGCUUUGAGUACAUUUGCUGAAAAUCAAACACUUACGAAUGCCAGUAGUAACAUCUUAGAAUUCAUUUUCAAGGUUAAAGCUUACAGCUCGUCCAUUGACCAACCAUACGAGAAAUAUAAAAAAAUGAAAAACAAUUCACAUGUUGAUUACGAAAGCUUUAUGGAAAUGUUCCGUAUUGACAAAAAAAAACGUAGUUGA